CAAAUUUCGAUGUAAAGGAAAAGAUCAGUUUCAAAUUUCCGAGAUGAAUUUUGACGGAUCAAAAAGUUUUCUCGUCUCGGACCUUUUUGACAACUAUGCAGACCUUAUGGCUGAUCCGUCAUGUGUUUGCAGUGGGGGCUUUGCUACUGUUGACAAAAUCGACACAGUCCCUGUUGUCCAAGCAACCGCUCCUGCGAUUGGUGGAUUAAGUCAUGACGACACAGCAAUUUUGGCGGGAAUUUUGACCGGACUAGCCACCUUCCUGUUUCUUGCCUUGCCCAUUCUUUGCUGCCUUUGUCCACUUCCCUGUUGCCCAUGUUGUGGCGGUGGAGCAGCCGGAAGUAAGAGUAAGAGGACCGCCGGUGCUAUCGGGGCAGCGAAGGUCAAAGAAAUGGAGACCAUCAGUCACAGGAGUACGGAUGUGGAUUCUGUUCACAGUUUCCGGACUUUUAAUAAGGAAUGGGACAAACUGGAUAAAUACGACUAUGACAAUCUGUACGAAGUGGAUAUGAAACUCCCACGGGCCUGGCUGGAAUCUCUCAGAGGCGUUCCUAACGACCAAAUUGAUUCCAAGUUACGUGAACUCGAGAGCGGAUGGGAGGGCCAGGAUGUCCGAAACUACGAGCUUGAGGCCCUCCGGCACGAGAACCUGCUACGACACGAAAAUAUGAUGAAUGCAGAUGCCGGAUAUCAGUCCGGAACCGGUUCUGUAGGCUACAGCAACGCCGCCUACCGGGGAGACGGAUAUGCAGAAGGUAUGGGGUCCAUGGGCGGAGGUAUCGAAAUUGAGCGCACUAGGCAAAUCAAUAUUACCACGGCCGCAUCACAGCUUCCGGAACAAGAGUACAUUAUGGAAAGAGAAUUCCGACAAGAGUUGGGAGGAUUGGAAAAUGAUAAUUUCGAGAAGAUUUACACCACCUACCGUCGGCUGCUGAACGACUCCAAACAGACAUCUUUCUGAAGAGUUCCACUUCCGGGGAAUGGAUCGAAAACUUUAUCUUUUAGUUCGUAUAGACCGUGCUUACAAAGUGCUUUACAAUGCAAUCUGCGUUUAACAAUUUCUUGUUCUUUAAACAAAUGUCUACAUGUAUAUAUUUACGUUUUAUUUUUGUGCGUUAAUGUAAUAAGUAGAAUAUGCCCAGCAUUUGUAAAUAACUGAAGUUAGAAAAGAUGUUGAUCAAAUAGUUUUCAGUCAUACAGGGUAAACAGUUUUUUUUUUAAAUUAUUUGAAAGUAAUAUGACAUUUUAAAUUAUAUUGUUCAUGACAGAAAUUACAUGUACAGUGUAAUUUUUUUUUUUGGUUUUGUUUUUUAAAAUGUAAAUUUUCAGAGGAGAAAAAAAUCAGAAUAACUGAUAUAUAUAUAUUUAAAGUUUUGUAUUUUAUUAUGAUAUUUUCACAUGUGCUUGAG